AUGUCUUCUAUACGUGAGUUCCGUGCUGCAGUUGCUUCUCCCUCAAACACCUCGUUUGUCCCGGGAGGGGACAAGACUGACUGGGUGAUGCACGAGUACCGGCUGGCAGAGGAUUCUCCCGAAGCUGGACCGGCUGCUACAGACGUGGCGCGCGCUACAGCUGCACCGAGUGACCCAAACCCAGGAUUAGCUGCACGUGGAGCUGCUACGGGUGUGGAUGCAGCAGGUGGUGCUGUCACCGGCCGGAACAGCAGCAGAGAAGAUGAAGGGACCAACCCAGACACCAAAGGUCCUGGUGAUGAGGGUGCCGCAGCUGGCGCUGCUGAUGGUGUUUUAGCCAGUAUCAGCAGCGGCAACAGCAGCCCCAAAGCCAGCAGCCAGGAGCGUCGAACUGACAGUGCUCGAAAGAUCGACGUGGCAUCUUGGGUGGUUGUGUGCGUGCUCAAGCGAAGCUCGCUGACGGCUGAGGAGCAAGCGACACUGGCGCAUCAGGGAGUGGCAGAACAGCAGAGGAUGGCAGAACAGCAGCAAAUCGGUGGGCCUCCUCUGCAACUUGGUGCGAAUCUGUGGCUCUUGGCGCAGCAGCGAGGGAGCGGAGCAGAGCAGCAACCAGGUAACGCUAGUGGGGAUAGAAACACAGGCUUGGCUGGUGCUGAAUGUGGUGAUGGCGGUUCAGGUGCUGCUGGUAAUUCGGGAAUGAUGAAUAUUGAGCAGGGACAUGAGAGGGGAGUAAGAGGAAUGGCUGGGGAGGGGCGUUUGGCGGUCCCACAGGGAAGUCAUGCAAUUGCGACUGGUGGUAUGGGAGGAAGCAACGUGGCAGUGGCAGGGGUUGAUGGAAGUGCAUGCAGGGAGGGAGAUUUGGCACCAGCGGCAGGGAAUCGUGAGGGUGUAACAGUGCGUGGCCUGACUUUCAGGAGUAAUUCGCCCUCAACAGAUUCACAGGGGAAUACUUCCCCUACUACGCUCACAACCAGCCAGUCUCCCAACUCCUCCUGCGCAAUGCCUGUCGGUGUGCAGAGCAGCGGUGCAGCAAGCCAAGCAGCAAUUCUGGUUGCAGCGAUGAAUUUUGAUUUGAUUCAAAAGCCAUCAGUGGAUGGAACAGCCCCAAAAGUACCCGAGGCAGCAAGAACUGGAAGUGCGGUGGGAGAGGCAGUAGCAGAAAUGGCAUCUUUAUCAAUGAAGGUAGCAGAGGCAGGAGCAGAAGCGGGAGCUGGAAACCUCUUUGCACAUCCAGGUCCCGCCUCCCCUUUCCUAAAUCCGCCCAGCUUGCACUCUGGAAUCUCCCCUGCCCACCCUCUCCUAUCCAGUGCUGAUAGCCAAGCAGCAGUGCAGCAAGGGAUAUUACACCAGCAGCAGCAAAGCAGCAGCCCUGCAGUGCAGCAAGGGUUAUUGCCCCAACUGCAGCAACUCAGGACGCAAGCACUGCACCUAGAGUCACUUUUCCAGCAGCAACAAAGCAGCAAACCAUCAGUGCAGCAGGGGAUAUUGCUCCAGCAGCAGCAAAGCAGCAGCGCGGCAGUGCAGCAAGGGUUACUGCUCCAACUGAAGCAACUCAGCAUGCAAGCAUCGCACCUAGAGUCACUGUUCCAGCAGCAGCAAAGCAGCAGACCAUCAACGCAGCAAGGGUUAUUGCUCCAGCAGCAGCAGCAGCAGCAGCAGCAGCACAUCAGACCAGUGGUACAGCAACAGCUGUUGAUCCAGCAGCAGCUAAGCAGCAGGCCAGCAGUGCAGCAAGAAGCAUUGCUCCAGCAGCAGCAAUGCUACAUCUCGGCAGUGGAGCAAGGCCCAGCGCAAGCGCUCUAUCUGGGGCCAUCCUUCACGCAGCAUCUGUUUGAAGAAAAGCCACCCAGAAUCAGCUUCGGUGGUGGUGGUGCAGGAGAAAGGGGAGAUAGAGAGCAGGUGGAGAGGGUGAAUGACGUCUGGGAGGGCAUGAGGAGCAAUAUGGAACGGCUAGUGGUGGGUACAAGAGACGCUCCAAUCGAGCUUGAAACAAAGGCAGAUCCUUCUGGGGCAUGGCAGAUUGUGCAGAGGGCGAUGCGCAUUGUGGAGGAGCACAUGGCAGCACCAGAAAGAGUGACAGUACCACCACUAACAGCUGCUACUGCUCUGGCAGCAGCCAGUUCACUCCAACCCCUCCCCCUCCCCCUCACCCGCACCGGACCUCCCAUCCAAAAUCCCUUUCUGCCUCUCAUGGGGGCACUGAAUCAACGAGCUGGCUGCACGUCUCUCUCUCAGCAACAGCAGAACUACAGCGGACGCCAACAGGCCGGUUACCAGCAGGCGAUUGCGGGCCCUGCCUCGUCUUGGUCUGCUCCUCUGCACCGACUCGACCCUUCUACUUCUUCUUCCAUCGCUGCAUCCUCCUCUGGUGCCCCUCAGCCUCUUCAAUUUCAGACUCCAGCAAUCCUUCCAACAUUUGCUGCUGUUGCUACUCCUGUCUCUGCCACUGCUGCUGCUCCUUCAACUCCUGCCAUUGCCGUUUCUGCUGCUGCUGGUACUAGUGUUACUCCAGGCGGUGCUGCUGGGUCUGCUGAGCUAGGUGACAGAGCAGCAGGUCACUGGAUUCGGAAUGAGGAUAUGCAUAAACUGGCUGACCUUCUCAGGUCCCUCCUUGGUAAUCAAGUCAACGCCACUGCAGGAGCAGCUGCUACUGGACCUUCUCCCAGUGAUGCUCCUAUUGCUGCUUCCGGUGGUUCUGCUAUGGCUCCUGCUCCUUCUGCUACUUUUGCAGCUGUAAUACCCUCAUACUCUGCUGUAGCACCCUCGAUGGCAGCGCAGCAGGGGAAAAGGCACAAAGGGCAGCACGCAGUGAACUUUGGGCAGGACCAGCAACGCCAGCAGCAGCAGCAGCAGCAGCAGCAGCAGCAGCAGCAGCAGCAGCAGCAGCAGCAGCAGCAACAACAACAACUGCUGCUGCAGCAGCAUCAGAAGUACCAGCAGCAACUGCAGCAGCAGCAUGGUCAAUACCACCAGCAUCAGAUGCCUCAGCAGCACAUGCCUCAGCAGCAAGGACUCAGUCCUGCCAUUCCUCUACCGCCUCAGCAGCAGGAACUCAGUUCGGAUCCUUCAUGGCAGAGAAGUGUUUCCUGUCCGCCUGUCUCUUUACCGCUCCAGACUCCCAUUCAAGGCGUCAACCAGUAUGAAGCACCAUUCCGUGCCUCACACAGCCUAGAGUAUAGCCACCUGCAGUCAUUGCAAGGUGUGUUGGGUGGGCAGGGAGGGCAAGGUAGAUCGCACAUGGGAAAUCCUAGCGAUUCUCUGCUGCAUACCAGUGUGUGGGAGAGCAGUGGGACGGAGAUGGCUGGAGGGGGAAUGAAAAGAGAGGUGAUGGGGGGAGGGGACAUCGAGGAUGGUGGCUUGGAGGCAACUGUUCUUCACGCCAGAAUGCAUGCAGGAGCACAGGGCUCUGGAAUGGUGCAUAGACAAACCAACCUGCCAGGAGGGGUGGGAGUGGGAGCUGCAAGGGUAGCAGCCACUGGUUCAGGUGUGGCAGCAACUGUAAUGGGAGUUGCAGAAGCAGGUGCAGAACCCACCAGUGCAGGGGCGGCAGCAGCAGGGGAAGGAUUUGCAGGGGUAGCUGCAUCCUUACAUGGGUUGGAGCUAGCAGAUCUCGAGGCGCUUCUACUGAACGUGGAGGGCGAAUUGGGCAUGUUAAGCAGCAUGGUCAGCGGGCUCAACCCUCAUCCAAAUAGCAGCAUGGCUGCCAACCCUCAGCCCAUUCCCAGUGGCAUGCCCAUCAGUCAACCACCAGUGCAACUGCAACCAUCCGUGGAAAUGCCAGCAUCUGUGAAAAUGGCACCAUCAAUGGCACGAGAGGGGAAGGCGCUCCGUUACUUCCAAAUUCAUUCUUUCCGUCACCAGCAGUAG